CGACAACAGACGAGGGCCCUACCUUCGACGACGGCCAUAGCGUUGGACGCACAAGAUGAAUUUAAACAGAUGGAGGAUACGGAGGGACGCCUUCUUCGGCACCGUCAAGGAAUCCCAUUCAAACCAUCGUAUCCUGGCUGGCACUGAGGCUACCGAGCACCUCUAUGGACCGGUCGAGGUCUACGAGUUUCUGGACGACUCGUUUCCGGAAUUCGACGUCUCGGUUCGUUCGACGGUCUUCAAAGAAUUCAAGAAACGCUUGCGGGAAGUGAAACCAAGUGUGAAGCCUUCUGGAGGACCAUCGGAGAAGGCCAUGUACGCGAGUAUUGUUGAUGCUCUCAACUACAUAUGUGAGAACGCCGUCAAGAACGAGCCUCUCCCCCUCCAGUUCCACGUCUCCGCCAACGAACGCAAGCAAGAAUCCAAAGGCGGGUACCGAAUCGCGCCGGACAUCGCCAUCCUCCCUUCCUCCUCAACGGACACUUACUGGGCGCGCUCGCUCGGCUUCAUCGAAGUUAAAGCGACCGAGAACGAAGACCCCUUCCGGCGGUACAGGCCCGACCUCAAAAAUACCCCCACGAUGAACCAGACCGAGGUCGACUCCUGGAACCAGCUGCAGGAGUACGCCGUCGUGUCCUUCCGCGCCGCGCCGCGGUGCUUCCUCUUCGCAGUGGGCGUCUUCGGCAACAUCGCACGCCUCUUCCGCUGGGACCGCUCCAGCAUGCUCGUCUCCGGGCCCAUCCGGUACAAGACGGACCCGACGCCGCUGAUCGAGUUCCUCGUGGGGUUUGCGAGCCACGCGCGUAGCGGGAUCGACGAGAGCGUGCGCAUGCCCAUCACCGGGCCCGCUGAGCGCAAGCUGGUGAAGGAGAAGUACCAGGAGGCGUUCACCUCCCGGCUGCUGCCCAAGUACGAGCCGCUGCACAAGGGAUACAACGACCUGGUCGUGGACAGCACGUUCAUCGAUAUACCCCGCCCGGAGCCUACUGAAGGCGUCGCGGACCGCUUCGUCACCAUCGGCCCCCCGCUCUUCUGCGCCAACUCGAUUUUCGGGCGCGGCACGCGCGUCUGGCUCGCAUGGAAGCUUUGUGGCGAUGGGGAGGAGGCGGGUUUCGUCGUGGUCAAGGACUACUGGCGCGAUCGCGAGCGCUGGACUGAGGGGAAUAUCUACCGUGCGAUAUACGGCGCGUCGGGGCGCGCGUUCGGCGUCGCGCGGCUCUACCACGACUACGACGUCGCGGCUGACCCGCGGGACCAGGUACACGUCGCCUCGGGCUGGAUGGUCAAUGAGAAGCUGGGCGAGGCCGUGUUUAAGGAUCUUGUGCAUCAUAGGUGUGUCUUAUUGUCGGUGGGUAUACCACUCUGGCGGUUCAAGUCAACGCGCCAGCUGGUGCACGCGAUACGGGACGCCCUGGAAGGGCAUCUGAACAUGUGCAAGAACGGUGUACUGCAUCGCGAUAUCAGUGUAAAUAACAUCUUGAUCAGUGCCGAUCCCGGCGCAGAGAACGAGGCCGUGGGGUUUCUCAUUGACCCUGAGCUGGCCUUCGCCGACGGGAUGAAAGAUAAGGAUGGAGAAUUGCAUAACUUGACGGGGACUUACCAAUUCACGGCCGUUGAUCGGUUUGAAAAUACCGACGUGGACCACGAGAGUUGGCACGACAUCGAGUCGUUCUUUUGGGUCCUGGUAUAUGUCGUCCUCAGACACACACUGUGCCAAAUGGUCCUCAGCGGUGCAACAUAUAAAGGAUAUCAAUGCGUACCGGGGAUAUUCACAGAUGUCCCAGGAGACAGGCAGUUAUUUGCGACAGCGAAGGUCCAAACACUAGAGGUGGAGAGGAAUGCGCCUCUGACCCGAUGCAUACAGAAGUUUGCCUCUCUCGUCGCUAGUCAUUACCGUGCUCCUGACGUUCGAGAGAGGUAUGCAGCCGACGAGCUCAACCUCCUGACACAUGACAGGGUUCUAGCUCUGUUCGACGAGGCUCUGAACGCUGACGGGUGGCCUGCAGAGGAGGAGGACGGACCAGUGCCUUUUACCAUACUGGAGACCCAUACGGUUCGAUCCAAACGUUCCAUCGCCGAGAACAUACGCAAUGCGGUUGCCGAGAACUCGAAGCAAAGAAAGCAAAAUUCGACCGCCAGCAAGCGCACGCUUGUGAAUGCAUUCGGCCUUCGCGAGCGCCACCCUCCGCGGCGUUCCAAACGGAUCCACAUCGAGGAUGCCAAAGAUCCAGAACCUGCACCCGCCGACGUCAAAGGCAAAGGACGCGCUCCGGAGUCGGCGGAUGAGGACGAGAUCAAGCCAAGUAAACGGCGCACCCGCGCCGGCCUCAGCAGGGUAAAGUCCGAGCCCAAAGCCAAGAAUGCUGGAAAGGCGGCCAGUACAAGGAUUACGCGCAGCAAAGCGAGCUCCAAGUGUCGUAAAGCUGCUGCUAGCACGGGCGAUCAUAGGACGCGGUCGGGGAGGAGGUAUUGAUUUAUUGAUUUCCUUGGACAUGCGACUGUUUAUUUUCGUCUGCUUUGCUCUGUAGUGCUGGUCUCUUUCUGUUUCUCUGGGCUGGCUAUUCCUGGUAAUGCUGAGGCAUCCAUUUCACUGUGGAAUACUGUUUUUCACAAUAUUUUUUUUGUAACUUAUUCAUGUGUAUUUUAUUCCACCA